AUGUCUUGGAACUGGAACAGCCAGGGACUACCGUUUUUACCAGGAUACACUUUUCGGGAUAUAACGAAGUCGGCCUUCCAUCGGCCCCAGACACUUGACUUCAGGAAUGGCUAUGCUCUGCCUCGUCGCCCCACUGCUGGCAUUGGACAGGAUCCUCUUUUAUCAGAGCAGCUGAUCCAGCAGGAGAUCAAUGAGUUGUCCUUAGAGACACCAGACAUUACAUACGGCUCCUUUGAUGACAGGCUGUCUGAACACUUCAUCCCAGCUCAUGUGGCCCUUGACAAGAAGGUGCUGCGUUUCUAUGCAUACUUUGAGGAGGAUAUCCUGCAUUCCCCUGAAGAGGUGUACCGCGUGCGCCCCGUGGUCAUUUACUACUACCUAGAGGAUGACAGCAUGUGCAUCAUUGAGCCCGUGGUGGAGAACUCUGGGAUACCGCAGGGAAAACGGAUCAAACGACAGCAUCUUCCCAAGAAUGAAUGUGGAGAGCAUUACCACUGGAAAGACCUGAACCUUGGCACUGACCUUGAGGUGUAUGGCGUCAAGUACCACAUUACACAAUGUGAUGCUUUUACAAAGGAAUUCAUGGAGAGUGAGGGCAUAGUUUUGAAUGACGCUGAGCCGAUGCCAGAGGAUCCUUACACCAAAUGUCGCGAAAUUCCUCAGCCUCACUACAAAACACCCUCUGAAUUUGACCGCAUGCACCAGUUUCUCACUAUGGACCGCAAGGUGCUGCGUUUCUUCGCCCUGUGGGAUGAUGCUGACUCUCUGUACGGGGAAACCAAGCUUGUUACUAUCCACUAUUACCUGGUGGAUGACACCGUGGAGAUCAGAGAGGUCCAUGAACCCAACAGUGGUCGGGAUCCCUUCCCUGUCCUGAUGCGCAGACAGAAGCUGCCCAAGAAAAUCAGACCACAGGCCUUCCCCAGCUGCGUGCUGGAGGUUUCAAAAGAUGAAGUGGAUGAGUACUACUCACCCAAAGACUUCCGGGUGGGUCAAACGGUGAAGCUGCUGAGCCGUCGUUUUUUGCUGUAUGACUGUGACAGCUUCACUAAAGAGUAUUUCCAGAAGAACCACCCUGACAUAGAGAUGAAACCCACUGAAGUACCGAAGAAGGCUGACAUGCUUAAGUACAGGAAAAAGGAGGUCCCUCCCUACAAUGGCUUCGGUUCACCUGAAGAUUCUCUCCAGAACUGUUUGUUUCUAAUCCCCGAGCCUCCCAAGAAGAACGUAGUAAAGAUGCUGGAGAACGAUCACAAAGUGUUGCGCUACAGUGCCAGACUGGACCCCCAGAAUCCUGAAAAUGAAGGACGACGUUUCAUUCUGUCCUACUUCCUGUCCAAUGACAUGAUCAGCAUAUUUGAAAAGCCCACUCGCAACUCUGGUAUCAUCGGUGGCAAGUUCCUGGAAAAGACACGCAUACCCAAGCCGGGCUCUACAGUGGAAAAUCCUGAGUUCUACUCACCUGCAGACUUCGCUAUUGGAGCCACUGUGGAGGUAUUCAGCCACCGCUUUGUGUUGACCAACGCUGACCGUUAUGUGCUUACAUACCUGGAGUCCAACUCAAGCCAGAUCCCUUCUCAGACGCUGGAUUCUUUGCGUCAGAAACUUGGUGUGGGGACAGAAAAUAACCAGCCAGGUGACCAAAAUGGUGAUGAAGUAGCAGAGCCGUCUUCAUGAUGCCAGAGAAGGUGGGAUUGCCCCAGUUGUUCUCUGCUCAAUAAAUCUGUCCUCAAGAGUGUGAGUCAGAGCCCUCGCAGAACACUUAUCACAAUAAAUACAGGAUAUACUACACUAUAUAUAUAUAUGUCUGAUGAAAUCUGACAACUUGUGCAAAUUCAUAAAAUAAAUGUAUAAAUUAUGCAAAUAAUUUACAACUAUUUUUUGCUGUUGGCAGGGUUAACUUUAAAAUGCACUUUUUAUUUUGGGUAUUUCCCAAAGGGUUGCCAAGGCCUAACCUAAAUGCUGACUGGCUACAUGGGAAUAAAAAGUAAGUUAUAUUUGAGAUGGGUAAUCAUGCAAGUACAUUUUAUGUAGAAAACUGUUCCCUCAGCCACACAAGAAGGCAAAAACAAGGACGCUUCUAGCAUCCUAUUAUUAGCAUCAAGCUAACAGGGCUGCCCUUGUUUGAGUCUCUGUCUCAUCCCAUUCAGAUCUGCCUAAACUCCCUGCUGUUUAGUGUGUUAUGAAGGAACAGUAGUAUUUCUGCAUAUAUUUAUCUUUGUUUACAGAUCAGCAGUACUAGCGCUAUUCACUUUGCUGCAAAAUAUAACACUAAUGAAGACUUAGUGAAUAAUUUUUUCAUGUUAGUGACAGAUGUGUCAAGUUUAUACAACGAAAAUAGAGAAACCUAAAAAAAAAAAAAAAAGACCACAGUUUAUACCACGUUUGUAUCUUAUUUCAGAAAAUUGCAUUA